AUGGAGUCUGCAAAGUCACCUUCUUCGGGCGAAUCUUAUCGGUCGGUGGAUUCCGAAGAUUCGGAUUUUGGUAGAUCCGAUCCAGGGUUAGCCGAAGCCAUAAGAGAUUUCGCCCGAAACUACCGAACGGGAUCAAGUGGAAGGAUCCCCGAGGGCGUAGAAGGAGUCGACUACCCCGCCAUGGUGGCUCCUCUCCGAACAGUGGGGCCGGACCCCGAUAUUAUAGAUAUAGGGGAGUCGUCAUCCGAGAAUCCUCAUGACGAAGCAGAAGAGGAAGAAGAGACCGAAGGAGAUGACGAAACCGAGUCGAGACCAGGGACUCCACUUGUUUCGUCAAGCCGAGCGAAUGAAGGGGCCGGAUUUGCUGGGGAAUCCUCGUCGCAUCCGCCAAAGGUGAAGAGGAAGAUCGUCCCGAUGGACCCGGAUGUGAUCUCUGACCGAACGGGGAAGGACCCCUGCCCUUAUUUGGAAUGCUUCCAAGAUAAGACGAGCCUGGACACCUUCCGAGCAGUUUACGACAUCCCCGACGACGUUAUCAUUUCACCAGUUCGAGGGAACCGAAUAAGAUACAGUGACGAACACGUCACCGUCCCCUUGAUGGCAAUCUCAGAAGGGGGCCUUCGGUUCCCGAUGCACAGAGUUUUGAGAGAGAUACUUCAUCGUUUCAAUCUCACUCCGUGCCAGCUGAGCGUCAACUCCUACCGCAUCAUUCACUCGGUAAUCGCCCUUGCCGAGGUGAAGAUGUUUCGACUAGAAGCCUUUCACUUCUUUGAAAAUUAUAUGGUGUCGAGAAACGUUAGGUACUCUCGGUACUACCUCUGCUCCCGGAGGAAGAUGCAAAAGAUCAUUCCCGAGGGCAUGUACGACUCGGAGAAGUGGGCCUCCGAUUACGUCGAGGUUCGGGGCAACUUUCAGUUCCCCGAACAUGAAUACGGCCAAUUUGAAAUAGCCACACGAAGGGGAACGCCGAAUACCACCAAGCUUAACAAGGUACUGUUAAGGGCGGUCAAAGGUUGCGGUCUCGCCGACUCCCUGCUCACUAUCCCAGCGGAGGAAAGAGACGCUCCGACAAUCCUCAAAUAUAAAGCUACAUACGGCGGUCGGAUCCGACGAAAGGUAACUGACGAGCCCGGGCAGUCCGAGGACAUCCCACAAGAGCUUCAAUCGAGUUCCGACAAACCCCUCCGAGGGUCAAUCCGACUUCCAACCGAAGAAGAACCAUUCCUCGAACAAGAAGUGAUGCCUCCGAGAAAUAUCAAGGAAGUUCUCCAGAAGAAGCUAGAAGAAAAAGAGAGAGAGAAGGCCCAACUGCUGAAGGCCGGAACCGCAGCCGCUUCGGGCUCGGCGCCGAGCAAGAAAGCACCACCUCCCCAACCCUCCAAAAAACGACCACUGAGCGCCCCUCUUUCCCCGAAGGAACCGCCUGCGAGCAAAAAGACGAGGGCGGCCAUGAAGGGAAAGGGCCAAGAAGUGGAGCUUCCGAAGGAAGCCGCCGCAGAAGGAGAAGGGAGGGUGACUGCCUUCGACCUUGACACCCCAUGGGUGCCAAGCUUCAUCACACCUGGCAAGAAACAGGUUCUCAAGUCGGACAGCCUGAGGGAGGACCCCUCCCUGGCUUUCACUCUCCACUCGGGGCUAGCUUUGCCGAGGGAUGUACAGAAUCCCCCUUCUCUGAAAGCAGCCCUGAGUGAAUACUACUAUCACGCUGGAAGGGCCACCCAGUCCAUUAUGAGUGCCCAGCUUCAUCUCACCGAAUAUGACAAGAAGUCAAAACUACAAAAGCAGUCGGUGGAAUACAACAAGGCCCUGGCCGAGGAGUACAAGAAGGGCUUGGAGCAAUCCGAGCUCGUGAGACAAAGCCUCGAGGUCCAGGUCGCCAAUCAAAACGACCUCAUCAAGGGGUUGCAGGAGUCUACCGAGCAGACCAGAGCCGAAGGCAAAGGUGAGGGGCUGGCCGAGGGGAGAGCCUUGGGGAGGGAAGAAAUGAAGAAGGAGAUGGAGAAAGAGGUGCAGGGGCAGUACGAGAAAGGAUACGCCCAGGCCGAAGAAGACGUGACCGAUCAAAUCCUUGAAGUGCAGGAUGAGAUCAAGGAGGCCCAGCACAAAGAGAGCUUUAUGCUCGGCUACAAUAUGGGUCUUGACGAUGCAGGCGUUGAAGCUGACUACGAGAGGAGGAGUCUGGUGGACAUACCACCCUUCGCCCUUACCGAAGUCACAGCAGAGGAGACAACAGCCGACGCUGUCGACUCGACCACCCUACCAGCCCCAGCCGACGCUCCAAUCCUACCGGCCCCAGCCGACGCUCCAACACUGCCAGCCCUAGCCGACGCUGCAGCAGAUUAA